CCUCUUUUGAGGAUAAUGUCUUGAUUUAUGCUUCUGUCUCUCCAUAAACAUCCAGAGAAAAUCAAACCAGAGCAAAGGAGAAAAAGCAGAGAAGGCUUGAAGAAAGGGCAGCUAUGGAUGCAGUGUGUGCCAAGGUGGAUGCAGCUAAUAAGCUUGAAGAUCCUCUGGCUGCCUUUCCAGUGUUCAAAAAGUAUGACAGAAAUGGGUUAAACCUGGAGAUUGAGUGUAAACGGGUAUCUGCAAUCAGUCAAGACACAGCGGAAUGGGCCUAUGAUUUGACUAGAGUCAACAUGCAGACGCUAUAUGAACAGAGUGAAUGGGGAUGGAAGGAGAGAGAGAAGAGGGAGGAGAUGAAGGAUGAGAGGGCGUGGUAUCUCCUGGCCCGAGAUGCUGACUCUACACCUUUAGCGUUUUCACACUUUCGAUUUGAUGUAGAGUGUGGCGAUGAGGUUUUAUAUUGUUAUGAAGUUCAACUGGAGAGUAAAGUCAGACGGAAAGGCCUGGGGAAAUUCCUCAUCCAAAUCCUUCAACUUAUCGCCAACAGCACACAAAUGAAAAAGGUCAUGCUGACAGUAUUUAAACACAAUCAUGGGGCUUACCAGUUCUUCAGGGAGGCUUUACAGUUUGAGAUUGACGAAACUUCACCCAGCGUGUCUGGUUGCUGUGGAGAUGACUGCUCCUAUGAGAUUCUGAGCCGAAGAACAAAGUACGGCGAGGUCUCGGGGCAUGCACAUGGUGGCGGCCACUGUGGAGGCUGCUGCCAUUAAGAGCGGUCCUUCCAGUAUCGUUUCAGAGCUUCCUCGUUUACUACCCUUCUCCACCGCCCAUGUACAUCUAUUAGAAAGCCCCUAAAACACACUCUUCUAUCCAUCAUUAUCGAAGGCCCCUCUUUAUGCUUGCUCUUGGUUUUAAAUUGGAAAAACAAGAUUUGAAUGACCGAGAUGGCUAAUAAAAGCCACUGUCAGCCAAAGUGACAUUUCUCACCUCAGGUAUUCACAUGGUGAGGCUGUAUGUCUGUGUAUUUCAUCCAGACCGAAAAAGGCAGCAUUUUCCCCCAGAAAGUUUCCCUCUCUUCUCAGCUAUUUUAUUACCAUAGUGAAUGAAUGCAAGUGUGGUUCAUAGUGGAUAUUGCAGCCAUUUCAUCCUAUACCUCUUUUCAGGGUAAAUGUAUUUUAACAAAAGCUGAAGUUUGCUUAACCAUCUUCUCACUUCAAGAAUCUGAAUACUAUGAUUUGCAAUGUUUAUAAUUGGGAAUCACUAAACCUAGUCUGCCUCAGGUCAUUGAAUUUAAACUUCUAACAAAUGUUUUUUUAACAGCUAUUUAGGGCAUUGUUAGAUGAGGAUUAUGUUGAUGUUUGAUUCGAUACAGGGAUUGGCAUGUUAGUUUUGGUGGACCCUUAGAAACAUACUUUUUUUUUAUCAUAAUCUUUUAUCAUGUUACUGUAUAUUUCAAAUUUCUUCACUGUAUAUAAUCUGUUUGCCAUGUACAUUUUACUUGCCUUCACAAAGUCAUUGGGAAAAGUGUAAAAAACUUAAUGACAAGAGUUUGAGAGAUGAUUGUUCGUGUCUUGUGCUCUCUUGUUAAACAAAAACAAAAGGUCAUUCCAGCUUUGUCUUGUUUACUCUGUAUGCAACAAAUAAAGGAAUCUUGUUUGACUUAC